GCCUUUGCCAAUGGGUGUGCAGCUUGUUGAGGGGGCGGAGCCUGCGGCAGCUCACGGCUGGAGCAGGGAUGUCAGCACCAGACUCUGGAACAGCUCCACCUGGUCAGACAGCCCCUUUCCCCAAUGCUCCUCCUCUGAUGCCUCCACCUUUUAUGCCACCCCCUGGCCUUCCACCUCCAUUUCCACCAAUUGGACUUCCACCAAUAGGACAGAGACCACCAGCAAUGCCCCCAAUUCCACAUGCAAUGUUGCCACCUAUGAUCCCACCCAUGGCAGGACCACCUCUCCUCUCUCAGCUCCCAAGUCUUGUGCCACCAAUGAUGCCGACUUUGAUGCUGCCAGCCAUAACGACCAGCACUACUACACAGGCGACUGCUCCUGGAACAGAAGCUGUGAGCUCACCUGUGACUCAACCAGCUCCGACCACACAGAAAGCUGCGGAAGACAGCUCAUCCUCUCAAGACAUUCCAGUAAAGAAGUCUCUAUGGACUGAGCACAAAGCUCCAGAUGGGCGUACCUACUACUACAACACUGAAACCAAGCAGUCCUCCUGGGAGAAGCCAGAUGAUCUAAAAUCCAAAACAGAGCUUCUUCUCUCACAAUGUUGCUGGAAGGAAUAUAAAUCCGACACAGGAAAACCAUAUUACUACAACUCUCAGACGAAGGAGUCGCGCUGGACCAAGCCAAAAGACCUGGAGGAAUUGGAGGUGUUGAUAAAGCAAGAGGAAGACAGUAGAAUUGAUCAUGAAAGUAAGUCUGCAGCCUCCAGUCCUCGCUCUACUGCAGCUUUGUCUGACACUGAAAUGGCACCUACUGAAGAGGUAUUUGUGCUGCCGCCUAGUUUACCAGAGACAGCUAACACCACUGAAACAGAAACGUCACAAGAGGAUGCCACAGUUAACCAGAAGGAGCUGAUUAAUAGCGAUAGCCUGCUAAUAGAAGAUAGCAAAGUGGAACCGGAGAAACAGUUUUAUCACUGGAGCACAAAAGAAGAAGCUAAACAAUUAUUUAAAGAACUUCUGAAGGAUAAGGGUGUUCCUUCUAAUGCAUCUUGGGAGCAAGCAAUGAAAAUGAUUAUAAAUGAUCCACGAUAUAGUGCACUGCCAAAACUGAGUGAAAAGAAGCAGACAUUCAAUGCUUACAAGUCUCAGCGUGAAAAAGAAGAGAAGGAGGAAACUAGACUCAGGGCUAAGGAGGCUAAAGAGAAGCUGCAGAGUUUCUUAGAGCAGCACGAAAAGAUGACGUCAACCACACGAUACAGGAAAGCUGAGCAAAUGUUUGGAGAACAAGAAGUGUGGUCAGUUGUUCCAGAAAGAGAUCGCAAAGAAAUUUACGAUGAUGUACUCUUCUUUCUUGCAAAAAAAGAAAAGGAACAAGCAAAGCAGCUGAGGAAACGCAAUGUUCAAGCACUGAAAAAUAUCUUGGAUAAUAUGAGCAAUGUUAGUUUCCAAACAACAUGGUCAGAAGCUCAGCAGUACCUAAUGGAUAAUCCAAUGUUUGCUGAGGAUGAAGAACUGCAGAAUAUGGAUAAAGAAGAUGCACUUAUUUGCUUUGAAGAGCAUAUCCGAGCUCUGGAAAAAGACGAAACUGAAGAAAAGGAAAAAAGUCGGCUUCGUGAAAGGCGCCAGCAGCGUAAAAAUCGUGAAUCUUUUCAGGUGUUUCUUGAUGAGCUGCAUGAAACAGGACAGCUACACUCCAUGUCUACUUGGAUGGAGCUGUACCCGUCAGUAAGCACUGACACUCGCUUUUCUAACAUGCUAGGACAGACAGGCUCUACCCCACUUGAUCUGUUUAAGUUUUAUGUGGAGGAUCUGAAGGCUCGAUUUCAUGAUGAGAAAAAGAUCAUAAAAGAUAUUCUAAAGGAUCGGAACUUCAGUGUUGAGGUGAAUACUACAUUUGAAGACUUUGCACACAUUAUCAGUUUUGACAAGCGAGCAGCGACACUUGAUGCAGGAAACAUCAAGUUAACAUUUAAUAGUCUGCUGGAGAAAGCAGAGGCUCGGGAACGUGAGCGCGGAAAGGAGGAAGCUCGAAAGUUUCGAAGAAAGGAAGCUGCAUUUAAAAGCAUGUUGAAGCAGGCGGCUCCACCUCUGGAAAUAGACAGCAACUGGGAUGAUGUGCGAGAGCGUUUUGUUGGCGACAGUGCUUUUGACCAGAUUACAGUGGAAUCGGAAAGGAUCCGUCUGUUCAAAGAAUUUAUGCUGUCUAUUGAGAAUGAAUGUCAGCAUCAUCAUUUUAAGGGCAAGAAACACUCCAAAAAAUCCAAAAAGCACCACCGCAAGCAUUCUCAGUCACCCAGCCCAGCAGAGUGGGGGAGGAAGAAGGUUCCAGACAUCUCUACAUGGGAUCCCACUGGAGCAGUGGAGAAAACAUCAGAGACAGAAGAGGAAAAUCACCAACAUCGCUCACAAAAAAGAAAAAAAAGAAACCAUUCAGAGUCGGGGUCUGACGUCUCCUCAUCAGGCGAUUCAGAACAUAGCUCCAGGAAAUCCAAGAGACAGAAAAAAAAGAGUAAGAAAAAGAGACACAAAUCGAACAGUCCUGAGAGUGAAACAGAGAAGGAAAAAGAGAGGAGUAAGAGAGAGCGAGAUCAAGAUAGUGAACAGACGAAAGAGAGAAUGAAAGACCGAGCCCAAGACCAAGAGACAGAGUCUGCAGACAGCCGCCUCAGAUUACUAAAACAGGCCUCACAGAAGGAGAAAACAGGCUGGGACACAUCAGACAGCGAGCUCAGUGAAGGAGAACUGGAGAAGAGGCGACGAUGUUUACUGCAGCAGCUGGAUGAUGAUCAAUAGAUAGAUUUGGCCAUCACAAACUGGAGUGCUGCUGUGAUUAUACAUUUCAACUGUUUGAGCUGAGAGGUUUGGUUCUGUAGAAGUGUGGAGGUCUUGUAUAGAGAUAGUCCAAAAUAUAAAUGGGGUGCAUGUCCUUGACCAACAAUCAAAACAUUUCUUUCAUUUGUAAAAGGAGAGCUGAAAUCAGUUGCCAGGCAGCAUCACUGUUCAUGAUUUGUGCUAGUUUUUAGACACAAUUCCCAAUGUUCUAUGGCCAUAGCUAGAGAUGAGCGAAUUUCAUAUUUUGAAAUUCGUUCACGCUUCGUUUGGUGGUAAAAGCAGAAUUGCGUUAUGGAUUCCGUUACCAUGGACCAUAACGCAAUUCUAUUACGGAAUGCCUCCCCUGCAUAACUGAAACGGGAGGGAUACGUUAUGCAGGCCAUAGACUUCUAUUAUAACGGAAUGC